AUGCCGAAAGCGAGGAACGGGCCAGGCACAGGCGGGAAACCUCGUCGCGAUGUGUUGGCGUCGCUCAAAAUGGCCUCUAUGGAGGAGAUCUCCAGGGCCUCCCUCCCCGCAGAAAUAAUGUCUUCGAUACUCGAUUACCUUCCUCCCGUCGACCUUGUCCGAGCGGCCCGGGCGUCGAAGCUCCUGCGCGAGAUGGCGUACGACGAUUCACGAUGGGUACAGAGACUCAAAAGAAUAGGCUGUUGGGAUGAAGCAGAGGCUCGCAAAAAUGCGGAGGAGAAGUUUGGGACAAUUGCCAACAGAGAAAGUGUUGAGAUUGAAGAAUCAGCGGCCAUCAAGCAAGCGUCAAGCCAACCGACGAUCGAGGUGACGGCGGUUUCAGACGGUUUUGAUCAGAUCAACCUGUCUACCCCCGCAACCGAAGCUGUCGUUGAUCUAGAUGUCGAUCCGGUUCUUGGGGCGCUGAAACUAGCCAAGUCGAUUCGAGGGGAAGCUAGGCAAGAGUAUGGAAAGAUACAUGCGGCACUAUCACCAUUCUACGAUGACAUUGCCACUCUUGGGCCUUCUGCGGAUAAUCUUGUCUUUCAAAAAUACACGGAUCCGCAACAACAAGCGCAAAUAUUAUUUCAAUUGCAGGAUUUUGCCAAGUGCGAUACGACUGACGGUAGCGAAAAUCGACAUGAGCAUCUGCGAACCGCUGUCUCGACGUUCGAAACUGCUGCACUGAAGGAGUUCAGGCACGGCUACGAAACUGAUGAUAUCGACGACAGAAUGAAGAAAUACGCCCACGUUCUGCAUACGUUAAAUGGCGGGUCCUCUGCUUGUGACCUCUUUAUCCAUCAUAAUCACAUAGUCACAAAAAAGGCUGAGCUUGGUAGAGUCAGUGAUUGUAUAGAUGUGUCAACCCAAAAAGUGAAACUUGAGCACACGCAGGUGUUCUUCACACGGACAAGUGUGGCUUUCAAUGAAGAAGUCUCGGUCAUCAACCGCGCCUUCCCACCAUCCUUACAAGCAGCCUCCCCGUUUAUCGAGAAGGUAGGCCGCGAUGUGCUUUACCCAUUUUUGACAGCGAUAUUUGAUGAAUUGCAUCGCUCGAAUAUCGAGUCGUACCUUAUUGCGGUUUCAGGUACUUAUGCACAGUGCAUGAAUUUUCUGGAUACUCUAUUGCCGAUUCAAAGUUCUUUAAAUACUUUUGACGAACUCUUGCAUCAGGCUAUUGCGCAGAUAUACGAGCCGCACAUGGAUUUGUACUUGGCAGAAGAGCUAGACUUCUUUAGAAAAGGCUCGGAGGCUGCUGUAGGGGAGUGGGAUAGACAACUGUCCGAACAAGCUGCAUCGACUGAAUCAUUUCUCUUGUCCAACGUCAACAGACAAGCUGAUAAGCGAGACUUCUUGACGUCUUUUAAAAAAGUGAUCAUGGCACCGGUAAACAUCCUUCCAGGAUUCUCAUCGACGAAGACAAAUGAACAAAAAUCGAAUCGUGACUCCGUGGUUGGUGAUGGUGCUUCCACUCCGAAAACCAAUCGACUUUCCACCAUCUCUUCACCUGGCACCCCUCCAGUGAUGGAAGCCCCAACCACUGAACUUGCAGCGAAAGCGGCCAUUAUGAAAUCAAAGAUGGAGGGUAUCCGAUCUUUAUUCAGUAUCGAAAUCGCGUUAGGGCUGGUCCACGCGGCAAAAUCAAGCCUUGAGCGCGCGGCGCAGUUUACGAUGAUUGGAGGUGAGACAGGUAUGGCAGUCAAACAACAGUGUGAAGCAAUUUUUGUUGCUUUGUUGCGCAUUCUCGGACACGACCAUCUUAUCAAAGGGUUUAACAAGGCAGUCGAUCAUCUCUCUGACUAUCGGCCUCGUGAGCAAGGCGAUCGUGACCAAUCUGGCGUCGAGCCUUUAGUAACGUUCCUCGAGUUGGUGAACGUUGGAGAUCUCAUUCUCCAAAUGAUUGAUGUCUUCUAUGAGCAGGAGCUGAUCGGGUCUAACCUUACUGAUCGUAAUGAUUUCCUGGACCCGGCGGUGAAAGAGAAGAAGAAGUUCGAGCAAAAUCUUGACGAACGUGUUGCGGCUGGGUUGAACAAAGGAAUUGACGUCCUUAUGGAGGAAGUCGACUACAUCCUUGCAACCAGGCAGCUUGCAACCGACUUCAAUCCGGGCGUCUCCACCGAUCCCAACCGGAAAACGAUGGAUGUAAACGUUACUGAAGCUGCAGCUGCCGUGGUCGAUGUUGUUUCAUCACAUACGCGAAUGCUCAUUGGAAGCACAGACAAGAGUACGCUUGAUGUCUUCAAUCAGGAGGUUGGCCUACGUCUCUUCACGGCCCUCUGUAAACAUCUGAAGCGCCAGAGGAUCAGCAUUGAGGGAUCCCUGAAGCUAAUCAGUGACAUGAACCAUUACUUCAAGUUCAUCCAGACCCUCAAAAACAACGAGUUGCUCAUUUAUUUCAAGGCAUUCCGAGAGCUAUCACAGAUCUAUCUGAUUGACCCCGCAGACUCUAAGGAAUUAGCCGCACUAAUAGCCGAUGCAGGCCGAUUCUCUGGAAUUUGGCGGGUCGAGGAGGUGUAUGAGUUCGCGGAGAGACGGGCAGAUUGGUUCCAGAUCAAGCGAGAUGUUGAGCGGGCCAUGUACGGAAUUGGAUGCAAUGUUAUGUAA